AUGACUCUUCCAUUAUUACCUGAACCUGUUAUUGAAGACACCUAUGAUGAGCUAGUACGAGACUUACCAACUAAUAUGAGCGAAACAAUGAAGCGUUUACUAGAAUAUUUUCAAGAACAAUGGUUCGCCAAGGUUCCCGUGUCUCAAUGGUGUGUUCAUGGUUUGUCUAUGAGAACGAACAACAACGCCGAAGGCACACAUUUAUUUCUAUUUCUCUUGAAAACUCAUACUGUUAUAUUCUUUUUAGCAUUUCACAGUCGUUUUAAUCGUCGAGUUUUAGUUCAUCAUCCAAAUAUCUGGUCUUUUAUCAAAUUUCUCCAAGGCGAAGAGAGCCGUUUUUACCAUAUGAAUAUUCAGUUCUCUGCAGGUUUAGAUGCACGGGCGAAACAAGCAAGAACUAUGGCAAUUCAACGCCAUAUAGAUUGUCUUGAUAGACGAUAUUAUGAUGGUGUUAUUAAUGUAAUGGAGUAUUUAAAUGGUUUGUCUCUUACAGUUGCUAAACGGAAAAAAUGA